GUACUCACUGAAUAACAGAAUCAUUUCUGUUGUAUUCUAGAGGAAAGAAAAUAUAGGGGAAAAAAAGGUAGUCUGACCGUUCUGAUCCUGAGGAAGCGCACUCGUUCCUGAGACAUAUGAUGUGUUGAACAAGCUCCAUCAAACACAUCCCAAGGGCACAUAUUUGCGCACUUCGCGGCUCCACUUCUUCUGGGAACAUCGGAGAAAAGUGACAAAUGGAAAAGGAUUCAGGAGUGUCAUUUUCCACUUGAUGUUCCACAAGCUAAAUGAGAUUCGCACGUUGCACUAGCUAUUAAUUCGCGGAGUGUAAUAGUAGAAAUGGUAUAAUCCACCAGUUCUACUCGGGUUUAUAGGGAUGAUUAAUAUAUAAUUGCUCUGAGUUGUGUUUUACCUAUUUAAUGUAAUACAUUUUUGUGGGGUGUUAUUUUGGCAGAUUUAUUCUUUAGAGUGUUGCCUGGUAUUGUGCAAAACUGAAAAUUAUAUAAAAGAAUCAUGCUAUCGGAUAUAACAUCUAAGCACAUAAAAUUUCAUCUCGAUACAUGAUCUGAGAGGUUAUCAUCACGUUUGUCAAGUGUUAAUUUGAAAAGUGAAUUAAAUCGUUUCCUCCAUAUUAUAUUCUUUCAUAGGAGGAACUAUUAUCCGUCUGGGAUACUCUUUUGACCGGUUAGCUACAUGGUUCUGAUCUUGAAGAUUGCAUACUAGCACUCUUCCGAUUUUAUAUGUUUUCGCAUUCUGCGUUUUAUAUGAAUAUCUCUAAAGCAUUCUAUUCAUGUUUCUCCUAAACAUAAGGUGGUAUUCUUUUCACUAAUCAACAACAGAAAAGCUAAUAAGAUUGUUUUUUUUAUUUAGAAAUUAUCCCUGUUUGUUCACCUAUAUAACGUUGAAGAAGGCAAAAGUGAGGAAUCGUAAGUCAAAAUGUCCUCUGAACACAUUGCUGUUAAUCAAGAAGUGUACUAUUUCGAGCCCCAAAUUGGUUGGUCACGAGGCACAAUUCAGAAAAUCAAAGGUAAUAGUAUUUCGGUGGUAAGUGAAGAUGGGGAAAAGAUCAAGGUUGUGCCAUCUGAGCAUAUACACGGCUAUAUUCUAGAUGCAUACAACCCUGAUGAUCCUAACCUUUUUAAUGUUAGCGAUCUUCAUGUAGCAACGCUUCUAUAUUGCAUUAAAGAGCGGUUUGAGGAAAAGAAGCAACAGUACUCUCUAAUGGGUGAAAUGCUACUAUCGGUGAACCCAUUUCAAGUUAUGCAUUUUAAUAGCAAUCAGGAGCGCCGAAAAUACAUGAGUUCACCGGAUUUCCAUAAAUUGCCACCUCAUAUCUGGCAGGUUUCGCAUAAGGCGUACAACGCCAUUGUAAAUCUAGGCCUCAACAAUCAGUCCAUCAUCAUUUCGGGGGAAUCCGGUUCCGGGAAGACAGAAAAUACCAAAAGCCUUAUUUCUUAUCUUGGCCAAAUCAGCCGCGAGCACUCCGACACUGCGGCGCAGCGUAGCAUUGCAGAUAGAAUUGAUGACAGCCUCACUUGGAGCAACCCCGUGAUGGAGUCGUUCGGUAAUGCCCGAACUGUGCGCAACGACAAUUCCUCUCGCUUCGGGAAGUAUAUCAAACUAUACUUUGAUACCUCAACAGGCAUUUUAAUUGGAGGUGAGGUGGUCACCUACUUGCUUGAGAAGAGCCGCAUUAUUGCGCAAUCUGAAGGCGAGCGCAACUAUCACAUUUUCUAUGAGAUGCUAGCUGGUCUUUCCAUCGCUGAGAAGCAGAGCCUCGGUGGGCUUAAGAAUGCUAAGGACUACCGUUGCCUCAGCGGCGGCGAUACUUUCACCCGCCGUGGUGUUGACGGUACCACGAUCAACGAUGCAGAGGAGUUCAUGAGGGUACGUCGUGGGAUGAAGAAUAUCGGCAUCCCAGACCAAAUUGUGAAUUGCAUAUUCCGCGUCCUGGCGUCAAUCUUGUUUAUGAUGGAAGUGAAAUUCGAGAUGGAUGAUAAUGACCAAGCCUACAUCGUGAACGAAAAAUUCUUCCUCAAAGCAUGCACACUAUUGAGAAUAGACUCGGAGUUACUUUCAAAUUGCUUCCUCGUCAAGAGUAAGUCCAACCUGGUCACAAUUUAUUCCUCCAAGGUUGAGGCGGAGUUCUGCCGCAACGCCUUCUGCAAGGGCUUCUACCUUGGAUUGUUUGAUCGGAUUGUGGAAUUUGUCAACAAAUCCAUCAAACCUGAGGAAAUUUCUGUAAACUGCAAAUAUAUUGGUCUCCUCGACAUUUUUGGGUUUGAGAACUUUGAAAAGAACAGCUUUGAACAGCUGUGUAUCAACUUUGCGAAUGAAACGUUACAGAAUUAUUAUAACAAGAAUACCUUCAUCAAUGAUGAGGAGGAAUGCGAAAGAGAAGGUAUUGAGCUCCCUAAGGUGAUUUUCCCGGACAAUACAGAGUGUAUUAGGCUCUUUAAAGAGUCCCCUAACGGAAUUUUCCCUAUGAUUAAUGAGGAGUCCAACUUCAAGGGUGGCACGUCCAAUCGCUUCACCAGCAACUUGUGGAGGUACUGGAAAGGCCGGAGCCCGUACUUUGUUCUUCCCAAGAGUACCAUACCAAACCAGUUUGGCAUCAAACACUACGCUGCUUUCGUGAACUACAACACAGAGGGCUGGACGGAAAAAAACUCGGAUUCACUAAAAGAAACGAUGUAUGAGGCGCUCGCAUCCUCAAACGAUGAGUUCAUUGCCACGUUGCUUUCCAAUGAAGAAGCGCAAUCAGGUAAGAAAAAGACAAUAGCCACCCGCUUCCAGACUCAACUAGAUGAGCUUUGCAUCAGCCUGGAGUCGACUGAUACACAGUUUAUUCGUUGUAUCAAACCGAAUAUGCAGGCGAGACCGGAUUUAAUGGAAAAUUAUCUUGUUAGCUCUCAGCUAGAAUCUGCAGGUGUGCUGCAAACCAUCUCUCUCAAACGUCAGGGCUAUCCUGUGCGUCGCCCGCUGGAGCACUUCUGCUGCUACUUCUUCCUUGUCAUGCCACCGAAGGUCGUGCAGACUUUUAAAAGUGGAAACUACAGUCAAGCAUGUAAAGAGUUCCUUAGCCACAACGAACGAAUUUACCGAUGGAAGACUCCUAGCUUCGUGAUGGGGAAGACCAAGGUCUUUCUUAGGGCUGAAGUAUGGUCCGAUCUCCAGCGUUUGGUGGUGCGCCGUCGUGUUCAGCUGAUCAAACGUUGUAAGUGGUACUUGUCAAGGUGGGCUAAGAAGUAUCUUGAGCGAAAGCGUGCCGAACGCGCCAAACGAAUCGCUGAACUUAAACGCUUCCGUGAGGAGUGUGAAGCGAAGGCAGCACUCUGUGCCCACGGCUUGCCCGGAGAGAGGAUUAUGUGGGUGGAGGACAUAAGCAAUUUGUUUCCGCUCAUGGAUAUAGACAUUCUUUUAGAUGUCGCUGCCGAUGCGGACACCUAUGAGCGUGCGCUCGCCAUGGUGUCUAGCAUUCAAGAACAAUGUGUCGACAAGCGCGAGACGUCUGCGUUUAUCAAUUUGAUGAUGUCUGCAAAGGUCCGCCCAAAGGUGGUCAAUGCCUUCCUGGGAUCCGAUAUCAACUCCGUCGCGUCUAUUUGCCGCAUCACAGUUGGUGAACUCAGGUCUUACGGCUGCUCUGAGGCUGAGGUGGCGGCGAUCACAAAGAAGCUCAAUGAGAAAGAAUUACAGUUGGAAUGCAUCGAGAAGCUUAGUUACGCUAUCGGAACGCAUGAGGAGUAUGAGGCAGCUGAGGCCCUUCGGGAGAUGGAGGUACAACGCCUGCAGCGGGACUUCGAAGCUAAGGUGACGGCAAUUGUUGCGAUUGGGUUUUCUGAAGCUGAUACUCGAUUGGUUCUAGCACACUACGAUGGUAAUGUCGAACGUGCCGUUGCACGGCUAUUCCGUGGCAUCAACCGCAAGAAGAUCCAACAGCACGUCUGUAAGCAUAAGAACUAUACCACGGCAGACCCCAACGUUCAACAUCUUAUAGCUAUGGGGGCCUCUAAGCAAGACGUCAAGGCUGCACUGCGUGCCAUGGAUGGCAACGUUGAUGAGGCAGUUAAGGUAUUAUUCGGAUUAACCUGCGUUCCAUAA